UAUAUAAAGGCCGCAAUUACAAACCGAAGACUCUGCACUCUGAGACAAAGCCAUAACACAAAACAUGGAGUGGACUAGAGGCUUCAUCAUAGGACGUGGGUCAUCGGCCACCGUUUACACCGCCACCUCAUCCCACUCCUCCACCGUGGCGGCCGUCAAGUCGGCGGAGCUAACACUAUCAAAUUCAGAGCAGCUGCAGAGAGAACAGAGGAUUCUGUCUUCUCUGUUUUCUCCUCACAUAGUUACCUACAAAGGCUGCAACAUAACAGAGGACAACAACACCCUUUGGUUCAACCUCUUCAUGGAGUACAUGCCCUUUGGUACUCUCUCUCAGGAAAUUCACCGGCACGGUGGCCGCCUCAGCGAACCGGCCACCGUUUACUACACGCGACAAGUCCUGCAGGGGCUACAGUACUUGCACAAUAAGGGUGUUGUGCAUUGCGAUAUUAAAGGUGGCAACAUUUUGAUUGGUGAAGAUGGGGCCAAGAUUGGGGACUUUGGAUGUGCCAAGUUUGCGAAUGAUUCCUCGGCGGUGAUCGGUGGCACGCCGAUGUUCAUGGCGCCGGAGGUGGCGCGUGGGGAGGAGCAGGGGUACCCUGCUGAUGUGUGGGCACUUGGGUGCACUGUGCUUGAAAUGGCCACUGGUUUUGCACCAUGGCCUAAUGUGGAAGACCCUGUCACAGUGUUGUACCGUGUUGCAUAUUCCGAUGAUGUUCCAGAGAUUCCUUGUUUUCUGUCUGAGGAAGCAAAGGAUUUCUUGGGGAAGUGUUUCAGGAGGAAUCCUAAGGAGAGGUGGAGUUGUGGUCAGCUUCUGAAGCAUCCGCUUCUUGGGGAAUUCAGUUCCAAUGAUAAGAAAAUUCAGGAAUCUAAUUCGUGUUCUCCAACAAGUAUUCUUGAGCAGGGCUUUUGGAAUUCUAUGGAAGAGGCAGAGGUAGAGUGUGUCUCUGCCUCUGCCAAUGUGGUUCAGGUUAAAAGUUUUGAGGAUUCUCCCAGAGGUAGGAUCAGAAGGCUUGCUUCGUGUUCAGGGGAUCCAAUUGGGGAAUUGGACGAUGAAAAUUGGAUCACAGCAAGAGGCAGUGAAACGGGUGCUUCUUCAAGUUGUGAUGGGUUGGAUUUGGAUGUUAAUAGUAGAAUUAGUGGUUAUUUUUGUGAUGAUUAUUAUAAAUGUAGGGAUGUUAGUGUUGUAGUUGAUAGUUUCAAUUUUGAGAGAGGCAAUUCUGAGAAGCUUCUCCCAUUAACAUUGGAUUUUUUAUAAUUCAACUAUUGGAGAACCUUUUUUCUUCCCUUCAGUGUGGAGAAACAUUACA